AUGAGGAGUGGUUGGUCCGUGACUCUGGUGCCUACCUGCCAGGCGUCUACGAGGAGAUUGUCGGUUUCGUCCCAGUCCCUUGUUUUGACUGAGCGUGUCGGCUACCACCUGUUGGCCCUGCGCUCCUUCAAGGACACUUUUGGCAAGCAGAGAAAGGCUGGCGAGGAGUGGAUCAUCACCAUCAAGGACUGUGAGACCUACAUCCCAGACGUCAACGAGAAGGUCGUCCGUGACAUCAAGUCCAUCACCCUGACCACCCGUCAGUACUGUUUGGUUGACUCACCAGUCGACCCAGCCACUGGCAAGAACCGUCUUGGCCACCAAGAGCUGCGUCACGGUGAGCGCACCUUCUUCCUCUUGCCAGGUGAGAACCUCGUCUCUGGCAUUCAAAACGUCAAUGUCCUCUCUGAGGAUGAGGCCUUGCUGCUCACUUGCAAGGAGUCCUUUGGCGAUGUCGUCGGAAAGGACAAGGUCAACCGCAAGCCAGGUGAUCUCUGGAUGAUCUACGGACCAUGUGACUACAUCCCACCCAUCCAAGUCGACAUUGUCGAGCGUCGCAAGCGUAUCCCACUCGAUGUCAACGAAGGAAUCUACGUCCGUGACACCAAGACCGGUAAGGUCCGCUCUGUCAUUGGUACAUCAUACAUGUUGCUCCCCAACGAGGAGAGAUGGCCAAAGCCCCUGUCCCCAAUCGUCGAGGAGUUGCUCAGCAAGUCUGCCACCCGUGACGUCAACGAGGAGCACAAUGAGGUUGAGCGUGACCCAACCCAGGUUGUCACCUACCGUGUGCCACACAAGGCCGCCGUCCAGAUCUACGACUACCGCAAGAAGCAGGCACGUGUCAUCUUUGGACCAGAGUUGGUUAUGUUGGCCCCAGAUGAGGAGUUCACCGUCCUCUCACUCUCGGGCAAGAUCCCCAAGAGACCAAACCACAUCCGUUCCUUGGCUCUGUUCCUCGGACCAGACUUUAUGACCGAUCUCAUCACCGUCGAGACUGCUGACCACGCCCGUCUCUCCCUGAAGCUCUCCUACAACUGGGAGUUCCAGGUUGACCCAAAGAACCCAUCCCGUCUCUUUGCCACACCAGACUUUACUGGAGACCUUUGCAAGGCCACCGGUUCAUUGGUCCGUGCUGCCGUCGCUGCCGCCACCUUUGACCACUUCCACAAGCACUCGGCUGAGAUUAUUCAGACCUCUGUGUUUGGAAAGAACGCUGACGGCGAGCCCAACAACCGUCUGGUGUUUGAGACUAACGGUCUGGUCAUCACCAACAUUGAUGUUCAGUCUGUCGAGCCAGUCGACCAGCGUACCCUCGACUCUCUGCAAAAGUCUGUCCAGCUGGCCAUCGAGAUUACCACCAAGUCCCAAGAGGCUACCGCCCGUCAAGAGGCCGAGCGUCUGGACCAGAUGGCCAGAGGUGAGUUGGAGCGCCAAAAGAUCGUCGACGAGGCAGAGGCUGAGAAGUCCCGUGCCAACCUCGUCAAGCUGCAGGCUCAGUCAGCCAGCGUUGAGUCCACCGGUCAGGCUAUCGCCGAGGCUCGUGCUCGUGCCGAGGCUGCCCUCAUUGCCACCGAGGCAGAGGUCAAGAAGGCCAAGCUUGAGUGCCAGGCCUCAGAGAUUGAGGCUACCGCCGAGCUGGAGGAGGAGGUUGCCAAGCAAGAGAUGGAGAUUGAUCACAUCAAGCAACUCAACGAUCUCGAGAUCACCAAGGCAAGAGAGUUGGCCGCCAUCGAGGUUGGCAAGUUCUCCAACCAGGUCUCUGCCCUCGGAACCGAGACCAUCAAGGCCAUCGCCCAGGCCGGUCCAGAGAUGCAGGCCAAGCUCCUGCAGGGUCUCGGACUCAAGACCGUCUUGCUCACCGACGGUUCAUCGCCAAUUAACCUGUUCAACGCUGCCAACGGACUCAUCGGAGGUGCUCCACUUCCAGGUGCUGACGCCAGUGGCUUGGAGGACUUUUAA